CCACUCAGUCACCACCACCACCGCAGAACAUCUGCAUCGCAUCAGCCCCCUGGUCCCGGCUGAAGCUCUGGCCAUGGCCACCUGUGAUUGGUUCGUCCCGAGGACGUCCUCUUGAACCUCCUGUUUACCUCCCAUCUUCCCUCGACUCCCAUAUCCCCCUCUCAUCUGUUGUAAUUUCACCCGUUUUCCCCAUCGCAUCCGGAUCGCAUCAUCAGCGUGACGCCGCUACCCAAGUCGCCCAUCCUUUGCGACACCUAUUGCAUCCUUGUUUCCCACAGCAAUCCCAUCCCGAGUAGACGCCAUGCCCGUCGAGCUUCGCAAGCGCAAAGCCCCCGAGCCUGCCCCGGCUCCGGCGCCCAAGAAGGCCUCCUCCAAGGUCGCCAAGGCCGCAGAGAAGGUCAAGGGCGCCGUCAAGGGCAAUACCGAGAAGCCUGUCGAGACAGUCGUCGAUGAGCCUGCCGACAAGCCUACCGCCGCCAAUGGCUCCGACAAGAAGGUCAAGGCAAUUAAGGGUGAGAUAAUCGACCUCGACGGCUUCGGCGGCGAGAUCGAGACCAACGAAGGCGACAAGACGACUCUGAAGGAGCUCGUCGACAAGAGCAAGGCCGGCGUUGUCCUCUUCACCUACCCCAAGGCCUCGACUCCCGGAUGCACCAAGCAAGCCUGUCUCUUCCGAGACUCGUACGAGCCGCUGACCAAGACGGGAUUCGCUAUCUAUGGCCUGUCCACGGAUUCGCCCAAAGCCAAUACCACCUUCAAGGAGAAGCAGAAGCUGCCUUACCCGUUGCUUUGCGACCCCAAGGCCACCCUAAUUGGUGCCAUCGGCUUGAAGAAGGCGCCCAAGAGCACCCAGCGCGGCGUCUUUGUAGUUGAUAAGGCCGGCAAGGUUCUCAUUGCCGAGCCCGGCAGUCCCGCCGGCACCGUCGAGGUCGUCACGGCGCUCGUUGAGGGCGGCGAUGUCGAGGCUGCCGCGGACGCCGCUGCCGUCGAUGCCAAGGAGGAGGAGCCAGCCAACGGCGAGACCAAGACCGCCGAGGAGAAGGAGGAUGCCGCCGAGAAGAAGGAUGGAAAGGACGAGUAAUUACAGUACUUCUGCGUAAGUAGAAAUCGUGAUGGGAAAACAUGUGAUUGCGAACGAAAGGGCUGGGUAGGACACGGGGCGAUCUUCUUGUAACCGUAUAGUCGCUGGGAAUUGAUUGACUGGCGUUUUUGGUCUUGUGCACUCGCUCUCCCGCUUCAGUGACGGCGCUGCGAUGCACUGCAAUCAUUGCAUGAUUCCGGAUACCGGGUGCCAUACCAACGCACGGCCAAAUCGUCAAUCGCCCCCCAGAACCUCUUGAGUGAGUGGC